CAUGCACAUCAGAAGCGGUGCGGGAGCCUGGCGAAGAUGCAUCGGCGGGUACCUUAGGAUGCACGGCGGGCGGAGCGGCGCCACCGCAUCGGUGCACCGGGGGACGGCCACCGGCGUGUCCUUUUAAAAGGGACCUGGCAUGGGCAACGAAGCGAGCGCAGAGGGCGGGGAAGGGGAUCUCCCCGGAUUACCGGGAGGCAGCGGGGGCUCCGAUCACAUCCCCGCAGGAGCGGAGACGAUCGGGGAGGACGGGAGGCGAACCGCGGCGGCACGGAGCUGCCCGCCGCAAAGGGAGUCAGAUGCAGACAUAACACACCGAGCCCAACUCCCUGGACAUGCACCUGCCCCAGGGCCUUCUGGGAUCAAUAAAAGUCAGACAGUCGAUGCCUUGAGGUCAGGUCUAGCAGCCAGGCAGGGCUCGCCAGGGAGGAGUCCUUCAUCUGUCACGGUUUUGGAGUCACAUUCUGGUCCACGAGGUCGUGAGGAACCCAGGAGAACCAUGUUUUCCUCGAAUUUCCUGAGCGGGGCCAACCCCCUCAGUGCCAUGUCGUCCGCAGUGAAUAAACUCAGCCUGUUUGGGGAUGAGGAGGCACAGAAGGAGGCCAAGGAUGAAGAAGGCGGGAUGAAGCAGAAGGCCGAGCCGAAGCCUCAUCAGCAGCAGGCCCCACAGCAGGGCUCCCCCAGAAAGACUGGGCCCAAGAAGCCAGGAGCCAGCAAAGAUGGGCCUGAACAGCUCGACGAUAAGCAGCAAGGCCCUGUUCCCCCCCCAGCAGGGCCAGUUGGCGCGGGGCCGCGACCACCUGGGCCGUUGGUCUGCCCCAUCUGCAAAUCCACCCAGCUGAACCUGCACACGGAGGAAGAGCCCAACCACUGCACCUGCACGCAGUGUCAGGCCGUGGUGUGCAGUCUGUGCGGAUUCAGCCCUCCUGGUUCUGCGGUGAAGGAGUGGCUCUGUCUCAACUGCCAGAUGCAGAGAGCUCUCGGAGGUAUGGAACCUCCAGGCCCACCCACAAUGAAGGCUCAGCAAUGGCCUCCCAAGAAGACCUCUGCGUUGGCCUCCACCACCAUCAAGCAAGCCCCUGUAAUGGAGCAGGCUGUAAAGCCAGAUCCUGGCAAGGCCACAAAUAGCGGGAAGCCCUCGAUGGCCAAGCAGGAAGUCAUAACACAGCCUGGGCAGCUAGGAUCUCCAAAAGCACGGAAAGGGUCUGUUUCCACUGAGCUGGACCCUUCCAAAUCUAAAAAACCAGCAGACCAAACUCCAGCUGGGGAGAAGUCAGACCCCCAGCUGCCAGCGCCAGUCUCAGCUAAGGACCAUACCAAGCUUUUACAGCCACAGCAGUCACCAGGCCAGCCCCCAGCAGCUGAGGCCUCAAGUGGGAAGCCAAAACUAGAUCCCAAGGCAGGCCAUACAUUGCAGGACCCAGGGAAAAUUCAACAGUUGCCAAAGGGCGGCCAGGGUCCUCCUGCCAAAUCUACACCUCUAUCACAGGCUCCGCCCCCUAAGGAGGAGUCUGGUUUCUUUGGUCUGAGUUUUGGUGGUUUGACUGAGGCAUCCAAACAGUUCACUGCCCCACAGCCGCCUGCUGAGUCAGUAACCGGGAAGUUGUUUGGGUUUGCUGGUUUCACAGAGUCACCCAAACCUCAGCCCACUGCCCCACAGCCAGCUGCAGAGUCAGUCACUGGGAAGUUGUUUGGGUUUGGAGGAACUACAGAGUCCCCAAAAACUCAGUCCACUGCCCCAGAGCCAGCUACAGAGUCAGUUACUGGGAAGUUGUUUGGGUUUGGAGGUACCACAGAGUUCCCCAAAACUCAGGCCAACACCUCACACUCAGCUGCAGAGUCGAUAACUGGAAAAUUAUUUGGGUUUGGAGGCACAACAGAUACCCCAAAAACUCAGCCCACAGCCCCACAGUCAGCUGCAGAGUCAAUCACUGGGAAGUUGUUUGGAAGCACCACGGAGACCCCAAAAACUCAGCCCACAGCCCCACAGUCAGCUGCAGAGUCAAUCACUGGGAAGUUGUUUGGAAGCACCACGGAGACCCCAAAAACUCAGCCCACAGCCCCACAGUCAGCUGCAGAGUUAAUCACUGGGAAGUUGUUUGGAAGCACCACGGAGACCCCAAAAACUCAGCCCACAGCCCCACAGUCAGCUGCAGAGUCAAUCACUGGGAAGUUGUUUGGAAGCACCACGGAGACCCCAAAAACUCAGCCCACAGCCCCACAGUCAGCUGCAGAGUCAAUCACUGGGAAGUUGUUUGGAAGCACCACGGAGACCCCAAAAACUCAGCCCACAGCCCCACAGUCAGCUGCAGAGUCAAUCACUGGGAAGUUGUUUGGAAGCACCACGGAGACCCCAAAAACUCAGCCCACAGCCCCACAGUCAGCUGCAGAGUCCAUCACUGGAAAAUUAUUUGGGUUUGGAGGCACUACAGAGUCCCCAAAAACUCAGCCCACUGCCCCACAGUCAGCUGCAGAGUCAAUCACUGGAAAAUUAUUUGGGUUUGGAGGCACUACAGAGUCCCCAAAAACUCAGCCCACUGCCCCACAGUCAGCUGCAGAGUCAAUCACUGGGAAGUUGUUUGGAAGCACCACGGAGUCCCCAAAAACUCAGCCCACUGCACCAGAGCCAGCUGCAGAGUCCAUAACUGGAAAAUUGUUUGGGUUUGGAGGCACUAUAGAGACCCCAAAAACUCAGCCCACUGCCCCACAUCAGCUGCAGAAUUGA